ACAAGAAAGUAAUGGUCAAAUACAGACCCGUAUGAACGACAUGCAACAACUGAGGCGUGCCCACACUAGAGUAUUAACUGUCUGCAGACUCGCAGAACAUCAUUUUACAAACCACAGAUGAUCAUAUCACAUGCAUUUUUCAGCAUAUGAAAUAAUGCAUGAUUUGUCAAAAUAACUUAAUAAAAAUAAUGUUUUAUUUCAGUAGUAUAUAGAUUAGUAUCGCUGUUUUUAUUUAUAAUUUGGAAUGUUCUUAUCUCAUAAUGUUCUUAAAACUCUUGAAAACAGUUUCUUAUGCAUGUAUUUUGAUAUUUUUGUGGCAUCUGAUUGGUGUGUUUGGUGAUGAAGUGAAGAUUGUGUCUGUGAUGGAGGGAGAUUCUGUCACUCUACACACUGAUGUUACUCAAAUACAGAAAUAUACUGAGAUACGAUGGAUGUUUGGAGAUAAAGUUAUAACUAGAUUCAAUGUAACAACUCAACAGAUCUCAAAUAGUGAUAGUCCUGAGAGUUUGAAAGACAGACUGAAGCUGGAUCAUCAGACUGGAUCUCUGACCAUCACAAACAUCAGAACCACAGACUCUGGACGUUAUAUAUUAGAGAUGUAUGAAAAAAUAUAUUUGAUGAAGACCUUUGAAGUUACUAUCUAUGCUCCUCUGUCUCCUCCUGUCAUCACCAGUUACUGUCCUUCAUCAUCAUCAUCAUCAUCAGUGUAUGGAUGUGCAUUGUUGUGUUCAGUGUUCAAUGUGAGUGAUGUGACUCUCUCCUGGUACAAAGGAAACAGUUUAUUUUCCAGCAUCAGUGUGUCUGAUCUCAGCAUCAGUCUCUCUCUACCUCUGGAGGUGAAACAUCAGGAUAAAAACAGCUACAGCUGUGUGAUCAACAAUCCCAUCAGAAACCAGACCACACAUCUGGACAUCACUCAACUCUGUCAACCAUGUUCAGGUAAAGUAGUGCUGAUUUAGUGAUUAUUCAUUCAACUAUCCCUAAGGUUUUCUCCCUCCUUAA